AUGGACCGAAUUCAGGAGUCAGCAUCGUCACCGUCAGGCGCCAGCAGUUCAGAUUCUGGUGGCAUUAAUGGUACUCAAAAAAAUGAAUCAUCUGAAACGGAUAAAUUAUUGGUUGGUACUGAAUGCGUUGUAUGUGGCGAUAAGUCAAGCGGGAAACAUUAUGGGCAGUUCUCUUGCGAAGGCUGCAAAUCAUUUUUCAAGAGGUCGAUUCGGCGGAGCCUGAAUUAUACGUGUCGAGGUACAAAAAACUGUCCGGUUGAUGUUAAUCAUCGCAAUCAAUGUCAAUAUUGCCGACUAAAAAAAUGUGAAAAAAUGGGUAUGAGAAAAGAAGCUGUUCAACGAGGGCGAUUACCACCGAAUACCUCACAGAGUCCCUAUCCAUCAACGCUCAUAUAUGGUGAUAAUUUAUUAACAGUGAAUCAGAUUACUUCAGUUCAUUAUUCCUCUAUUAUUGCUCAUCUUGUUCGAGCUGAACCUUAUGCACCAAUCAUUUGCUCUACGUCAGCGAUUUCGAUCGAUACAGUAUACGAAUUUGGGGCAAAAUUCUUAUUUCAUGCUAUCGAAUGGGCUAAAAAUGUCUCAUUUUUCAAUGAAUUAUGCGAAAAAGAUCAGUUGACGUUAUUUCGAGCAAGCUGGGCUGAAUUAUUUGUUAUAAAUGCCGCACAAUUCGGUAUGCCAGCUCAUGUCGCUCCUCUUCUUGCAGCAUCCGGAAUCCAUUCAGCAUCCCCACUACCACCAGAUCAUUUGAUAGUUUUUAUGGAUCGUAUACGUGUUUUUCAGGGUCAGGUUGAACGUUUGAAAAUAUUGCAUAUGGAUCCAGCAGAAUUUAGUAGUCUCAAAGCGAUUAUUUUAUUUAGUGCAGGUUAG